AUGAAGCCGAUGGUGAUUCUGGACGCGAUCAAGCUCGCAGCCAUCGCCUUCCUCUCGAUGCUCCUCGGGCUGCUGCAGCCGUCGCCGUCGCCGGCCAUUGCUGGUAGCUUCGAGCCCGUCGACGACAUGUGGGCGGCCGACGACAAGUCGAAGCCUGCAUCUCCCACCAAGGCGUUUUUACAAGAGCGGUCCCAUCACGGCUCGCGGACGCCGGCCACCUUUGAGGAUCUAACCAUUGUCGAACUCCUCAAGCAGCGGGCUCGCUCGACCCCCAACAAGGUCGUCUACACAUUCCUCGACGACUAUGGCCGGGAAAGCGUCAACCUUACGUUUGGCGACCUCGACCGCGCCGCCCGCCGCGUCGCUGCUACCUUGCAGCAAGAUGCCAAUCUGAAGAAGGGCGACCGUGUCAUGCUCGCGUAUCCUCCGGGCCUGGACUUUGCCAUGGGCUUUUGGGGUUGCCUCUACGCCGGUGCGACGGCCGUGCCCGUCUACCCGCCGUACCCGGGCACGCUCACCAAGGAUCUUCCCAAGUUUAACCGCAUGGUUGUUGAUUCGGGCGCCAAGGUUAUUCUGACCAACCGCACGUAUUACAUGGCGACGCAGCUCGCGACCGCCAAGAGCUUCUUCUCUGGCUCGGUCACGUGGCCCAAGGACAUUCAGUGGUUUUCGACCGACGCCAUUGCUGAAGACAUGGACAUGUGCUAUACUGACGUCGAGUGUUCGUUUGACGACUUGGCCUUCUUCCAGUACUCGUCCGGCUCGACGUCCGAGCCCAAGGCCGUCAUGGUCUCCUACGGCAACGUCAACGCCCAGCUCAAGGUCUGGGUCGCGAUUCGCGAGACUGACACGAUGGUCUCGUGGGUUCCAUCGUACCACGACAUGGGUCUCGUCGUGUUUAUUCUCGCACCAGCCUCGACUGGUACGCACUUCGAUCCCACUUUGCACUUGGCCUUUCUGACAUUGCACUUGUCCAGGCGCUCGGUGUGUGUCGAUGUCGCCACUCUCGUUCAUCAAGGAUCCUGCUCUUUGGAUGCGUACGGCUUCCAAGUACAAGGCCACGCAGAUCUGCGCGCCCAACUUUGGCUACGCCCUGGCGGCCCGCAAGACGACCAAGGCCCAAGCAGCUGA